AUGGGGGAUGGGUGGGAUCUUGCAGUCCUGGCUUCCGCAGACAUAAUCCGUCCCAGUGGCUGCACACACGCGUACAGUUUACAAGUGUGUGCGCGCGUGCGUGUUCCUCGCCCUUCCCCCACACGCACGCGGCUCCUGAGGGCCCCAGUGUGCAGAAUGGAGAGUCAGGGCAGGCUGAGUUAUGGCUCCAGUGCUGAAGAGACCAUUAUCUCCUGCCUCAAUCAGGGCUAUGAGCUUGAACGCCGGAGGAGGAGAUUCCAUAUUAGGAGCAGUGAGGAGAAGGCACCCCCUUGUGUGGCUUGGAGAUUUCGGUCUCAUGUUGGUGUUCCUGGCAUCGGACUGGACAUAGCGGAGUUGACCACAAACCCACGACUGAGGUGCGGAGUGUGCUGCUGA